AGUCAAGUCUAGCUCCAGUUCGGAAUUCAACACGGAACUUUAUUCAGUGUGGAGACAAUUGCAUCUAGUUUGGGACAUCAAAGGACGGAAAACCUCAAGAUGAUCGUAAACACUUUAACUGUUGUAUUCCUAUUUAUUGGAAUUUACAGUCAGUCUGCUGAAGGAGGACUUCAGCACACCAGGAUUAGUAGACAUCUCCUCCAAGUAACGGGAGAUACUACAGACACCACCGGAUCAGGUGAAUCCGAUGAGUCCGGAUCCGGUAUGGGCUCAGGCGCUACAGACAUCCCUGUUAUCCCAAUCACUCCAAUGCCUACUGUAGAACAAAGCGCGACAGACACAGCAGUUGCAGCAGCCACAUCAGCCGCAGCAUCAGCAACAUCAGUGACGGCAGCAGCCGUGGCAUUGGCUGCAGCCACUUCAGGUGACUUCUCAGCCACAGAUGUUGCAGCAAAUGCUUCAGCGGCUGCAGAGAGAGCAGCUGCUGCUGCAUCUUCUCUUUUAGAUGGAACAAUAAAUGCAACCGAAGCAGCACAAGCCGCAGCAGAAGCAGCAGAUGCGGCUGAAAUGGCUGCAGAAGCCGCAGCGGGAGCGGCAGCAGCAGCAACGGGGGAUUUGGCCCCUUUGGCACAAAGUUUGUCAAUGGAAGCAGCAACUGCAGCAACUGCAGCGAGAGAAGCUGCGGAUUUAGCAGCUGAAAUAGCAAACAUGGAAGGGUCUGGAAAUGCGACAGCUGAUGCACUACUUGCCAUAAACGCAGCAAGAGAUGCCAGCCAACAGGCUGCGGCUGCUGCACAAAGUCUCACUACAUUACUUGAUGAAACAGACCUGCCAGAAAAUACAGAUGCAACUAUAAUACAAACUAUGAUGGCAGCUCAAACUGCAGCUGAAAUGUCAAAUGAGGCGACAGUGGCGACCUUAGAGGCACUGAACACAGCAGAAGAAGCAGUGGUUGCAGAGGCAGCAGACCCGGGAAGUCAACUAGCUAUAGUAUCUGCAGCAUUAGCUUCAGAACAAGCACAAAACGGAGCGGAUUUGGCAAGAGAAUCUGCAGAGGAGGUAUCAGAAGCGGCGGAUGCAUUGCCUUCAAGCGAUGACGAACUUGUUGAAGCUUCAGCAGCAGCCUCCUUAGCAGCUGCAGCAGCAUCCCUCGCAGCCUCAGCAGCAGCAGCUACUGGGGAAGAUGUAAGCAGCGAGGUCGACGCAGCCCUUCAGAGUGCAGAGGAAGCAGCUGAGGCAGCAUCUUUGGCAGCUAACUUCGAAGGAGAACCAGAUUCAGCAGAAGCUGCAAUGCUAGCUAGUAACGCCAGAGAAGCUGCAGCAGAGGCAGCAGGGGCAGCAGAACUAGUGGCUGCUGCUGCAGUAGGCGCAGCUGAGGAUGGAAGCGUUCAGGCAGAACUUGCACAGGCAUCAUUAGAUGCGGCAAUGGCAUCCAGACAAGCAGCGAUGGCGGGCCCAGGUGAAGUUGACGAUGCUGCAGAAGAAGUGGUGAGGGUAUCGAGGGAUGCUUCAGCACUAUUUUCAUCUCUCUCCGAUGAGGUACCAUCCAGACUGACAGAAGUAAUGCAAUCAGCAGUUCUGAGUGCAGAGCAGGUCGCUUUGUUGACAGAAGCUACAGGAGUAGUAGCAGGAACCGUCGACGAUGGCGUAGACGCACGGUCCGCUGCACAAAUAGCUGCACAGUCCGCUGCAGGAGCUGCCUCAGUAGCAGCAGGAGCCGCAAGCGAAAGUCUUCCUGAAGCAGAAGCUCUUGAUGGUGCACAACGAGCAGCGGUGGCUGGCCUCACAGCCUCUGCGGCAGCAGCUGCAGGAGUUGGUGCUGCUAUCGCUGCAACAGCCGACUCAUCAGCUUUUCCUGAAGUCAAUGUCGCAUUGACGGCCGCAAGCGAAGCGCAGAUGGCCGCCACAUCAUUGACCACUGGUGAAGAAUUUUCUCUAGACCUUGCUGUUGCUGAAGCAAAUGAAGCAGCCGUAGCAGUUGAAAAUGCAGUUGGUGCUGCCACGUCAGCAGCAGGAACAUCUGGAUCAUCUUUGGACCAGGAACUGGCAGAAUUAGCUCAGGAUGCAGCUGACAUAGCGGCAAGGGCUGCAAGCGCUGCAGAGGCGGCGGCUGCCGACCCAGCAACGGCGCAAAUGUUAGAGAAUGCCCUGGUAGCUGCCAGAGAAAUUGAAGUGGAAUUUGAAGCGCUGAGACAGCGGUUGGAGGAUUUAGUGCAGAGUACAUCACCAGAAGCCAUCACAGAUCGUGUUUCACUAGCAAGCUUGCUGGCUGCGGGGGAGUUAGCGAAUGCUACUGCCGCAUUCUCCAGACUGUCAGCAGAGUUGGGUGUGAGGGCGGUCACGACACGGAGCGCCGCAGACAUUGCAGCGGCGGAAGCUUUUGCGGCCGCAGCAGCACGAUCGGCCAUGAUCACGGUGAAUAGUGCCAGGGAGGCAAUCAACAUCAGGAUUAAUUCAAGUGCCGCAAACAUCAAGCUGUCGCUCAUGGCAGCUCUUGCCGCGGUGGUUGCGGUGUUGCUAUGAAGCGUGUCAUAAAUGAAGGACUUUUGAAUUCGGUGGAAAACACCAUUCUAUUUAUACUUGUAUUAUAUUAUAUACCAUGUCUCAAAUAUGCACCUAAUCAUUUGGAGGCUACUGUACAAAUCCAAUGUUGGCAAUGAUUACAUUUCUUUGGAAGGAAGAUGAGAGUGGCCAGCAUUUGUUAUUCACUUUGCUGUUACAGUGUUGGAUGCUCAUUAGCAUUUGGAAUGUGUGAAAGAUGACAAUCUCAAAUUAAAUUUGACAAGUACAGUGGAACACGCUCAGGUCGCUCCCGCUUAUAUCGACAACCCGCCUGCGGUACACGGGCAUCGACACGAUAGUUAACUGCUUUUGUCAGUUUGCACGACACAUGUUGUACCUUUGGUAACUGUUAUUGAUACAAAUGACCCUAAAUACGGUGUUGUUAAAUAGUAUUAAAAAUGAGAACAUAGAAUCUCCUAUUCAGUGCAAAGUAAGCUUUAUGGUUAAUUGAACUUGUCUUAGAGCUCCAUAACCACCAAAAAACUGAGAUCUUUAGCGCAUUGGCUUAUUUCGGUAAGAAUGUAAAUAUCAUCAAUCCAAUUACAAAUGUACACAAUGGAAGACAAACCAUAUCAACAAAAAUAUCCUAUUCCCCUCCCCCCCAUUUUUGUUUUGUCUCUGGACAAAGUCACAAGUAAACGGCUACUUUCGGUGGCGGGUACGUCGGCGCAAGCGGGUUCCACUGUACAUGUUAACCCUGCCCAUGAAGGAUUAACGUUGAAAUGACUGUGUGGGGUUUGAGAUAGUUGAAUUAUUGGAGAAUAUGAUUGACCGCUGUGGCGACAAGCGCCACAACCCUAUGGUUCAUGUUGUAUGUUCAUGCUCGGAAUGAAGAGGUUUUUGUCACAUUGUUGUAAUAAAAAAAUCACUGGACUGA